AGCCAUUGACAGUUUGAUGGUUAUAGCGUACGGUGUGAACUGGCUUACAAAUAUUUAUUUUUCUCUUAAGUUAGUGCAUUUUUUGUCGUAAAAUUGGUGAUAUUUGGUACAAGAAAGGUCAUAUUAUGUGUCGACAUACGCAUUAUAGUGUUCUGAUCAAUUUUAAAAGGAAUAUUCAGCCAAAUUCAAAGUGUGUUAUUGUUCCGAGUUUCGGCAGGAGCCCACAACAUUGAGCUGUCAAAAAUGAACAUUUACUGUGUACCUAUUUUCGGCAGCAUUUAAAGUGAAAAAUAACCUGUUUAUCGUGAUUUUAAAAUUCCGAACAAGUUAGAAUAAAUUAAAUAAGCAUAAAAUCUUUAAUAUACACCACUUUUUCAUUGUUUUACUGUUCUGAUUCUCUUAAUCACAAAACCUGCCGAACGAUUGGCUGACAGCAAAGCUACCGAAAAAAAGCACAAUUUAUUUGAUAUUUUGGAGAAUACGUAAUGAAAUGGUGUGAAACUUCGUAUGUGAAUAUCAAAUAAGUACACUUUCACUACAAAAUUGUGUUUUGUGAAAUUUUUUACCGCAUUUGUGCAGAAUUUCACGGUUUUAGCUACCCUGCCGAAAAUAGGUACACUGCCGAAAACUGGUACAGUUACCCUAUGUAAAAAAUAAAAAGAAACUCAAACAAAUCGAACGUUUCACGGAAUUUGCUUGAAAAAAUAACGCGUACCACCUAUUUAACGCCACAGGUUUGACAGUUGAAAAAGCGGAAGCUAACCUGUCAAAACGUUGGAUGUCUCUCUUUCCGGCAUCUUGCAAGACUUCGGAUUCAAGAUGGGACGUUACGCUAAGGAACCCGACAAUGCUUCUAAAUCCUGUAAAUCGCGCGGUUCGAACCUUCGGGUGCAUUUCAAGAACACUCGCGAAACGGCACUAGCCAUCAAGCGUAUGCCGCUCCGUCGUGCUCAGCGUUUCCUGAAGAACGUGAUCGAAAAGAAGGAGUGCGUACCGUUCCGCCGCUUCAAUGGCGGUGUGGGCCGUUGCGCUCAGGCCAAGCACUGGGGCACGUCGGUCGGUCGCUGGCCGAAGAAGUCUGCCGAGUUUCUGCUGCAGCUGCUGAAAAACGCUGAAGCGAACGCCGACUACAAGGGUCUGGAUGUGGAUCGGUUAGUGAUCAACCACAUUCAGGUGAACCGCGCGCCCUGCCUGCGUCGCCGCACGUACCGUGCGCACGGUCGCAUCAAUCCGUACAUGUCGUCGCCGUGCCACAUCGAGCUGUCGCUGACGGAGAAGGAGGACGUUGUGACCAAGGCCACCGACGAGUCGGAGCAGGCGAAGAAGAAGCUGUCCAAGAAGAAGCUGCAGCGGCAAAAGGAGAAGAUGAUGCGCAACGAGUAAGGGUGCGUGAUCGUAUGCUUACGCUGUGCAAAAUUGUUCUUUAAGGAGGCGAAUAAAACGGUCAACAAAAACACCCAAAAGUGCAGAGGAAAGCAAAAGUGUGGUGAGAAAAAAAACAAA